AUGGCGCUGCUGCGUUUGCUCUUUCUGUUGCUGUCGCCGCUGGUAGGCGCGGUGACCGAACAAGUCAGAGAACUCGAAAUAUCCGAAGCCGUACCUGUAGGAACCAGGAUCGGAUAUAUCAGCGACGGAGGCAGUCAGGCUCCAGGACCCCCUUACCAUGUACCAGUGCCUGGAAACGCAGUGGACUCAGAUCUCUCCAUCGAGCACACUACUGGUGAAAUCAGGACUAAAGUGCCAUUAGAUCGUGAAACUCGAGGAUCGUAUUCUUUAGUGGCAAUUCCUCCCAGUGGAGACAACAUUCGAGUGCUAGUGCGAGUGCUCGAUGAGAACGACAAUGCGCCCAAAUUUCCUUCGCCCACGAUGGAUAUUGAGUUUCCUGAAAAUACACCGCGUGACGUAAAAAGAACGUUGAAUCCUGCGAAAGAUCCUGAUUUAGGUGUUUUUAAUACACAAAGAUACAACAUAGUCUCCGGGAAUGUGAAUAACGCUUUUAGGUUAUCCUCUCAUAGAGAGCGAGAUGGUGUCUUAUAUCUGGAUUUACAAAUAAACGGAUUUUUAGAUAGGGAAACGACUUCAUCGUACACCUUAGAAAUAGAAGCGUUAGAUGGUGGAAGCCCACCUUUGAGAGGCGUAAUGACGGUCAACAUAACAAUUCAGGAUGUAAAUGACAACCAGCCAAUUUUCAACCAAAGCAGGUAUCAUGCCACUGUGCCCGAGAACGCUACUGUAGGUACAACCGUUUUGAGGGUAUCUGCAACGGAUGCAGAUGCUGGUGAUAAUGGUCAAGUAGAAUAUUCAAUAAACAGAAGACAAAGCGACCGAGACAGUAUGUUUCGCAUCGAUUCAUCUACAGGAAUGAUCGUGGUCAAUAAGCCCUUAGAUUUUGAGACAAAAGAACUCCACGAAUUAGUAGUCGUGGCCCGUGAUCACGGUCUGCAACCUUUAGAAACCACAGCUUUCGUUUCCAUUCGCGUAACAGAUGUCAACGACAAUCAGCCGACCAUAAACGUUAUUUUUCUCAGCGACGAUGCAACGCCAAAAAUCUCCGAAUCUGCACAACCCGGCGAAUUUGUAGCUAGAAUUUCUGUGAACGAUCCGGAUUCUAAAACGGAGUACUCUAAUAUAAAUGUGACAUUGUCUGGCGGCGAUGGUAGAUUCGGUUUGACGACGCGAGAUAAUAUUAUCUAUUUAGUGAUUGUAUCCUUACCGCUGGACAGAGAGUCAAAACCGGACUACACGCUGAACGUCGUCGCGACUGACACGGGAUCGCCUCCUUUGCACGCAUCGCGGACAAUUCAUCUAAAAGUCACCGACAUUAACGACAACGCGCCCAUGUUCGAGAGCGCAGUCUACCGCGCCGAUGUAAUGGAAACGGCAGAGAUCGGAGCGUCGGUGAUUAGAGUGACCGCCUAUGAUAAGGACGAGGGUGACAACUCGGAUUUAGUGUACGAACUAAUAGAUUCGAGCGAAUCGGCCAAUGAUUGGUUUGCAAUUGAUUCGAGAACGGGAGUGAUAAGCACGCGGUCGAGAAUUGAAUGUGAAAUUAACCCCGAGCCAAAGUUAACAGUGGUUGCCAAAGACGGUGGAAGACCUCCCUUGUCAUCCACCGCGGUUGUGUUAGUGACAGUGCGUGAUGUGAAUGACAACGAGCCGGUAUUCGACAAGACCUUCUACAAUAUCUCGGUGCCGGAAAACGAGCCAAAAGGACGCUGCAUUUUAACGGUGAGUCUUUAA